GGGUUCAUUUCACAUUUUGUGGGUCAGUAGACACUCAGGUUACCCAAAUAUAUGUUCAGAAACACUGAAAGUGGAUUUUUAAUAAUAUGUCCCCUUUAAACAAUGACAUUUAGGAGGGGGAAGUGGUUUUAUACUGUCUUGUAAUAAAUAUGUAAAGUUUAUGACACAUGCAUAAAGAGGAGGAUCAGUAAUGUGAAGGGUGUGUCUCCCACGGCCACACUUCUCAGGAAAUGAAACUGAAAGUAACUCAGAGGCAGCUCUGACUUCAGCAGCUCUGACUUCAGUCGAGAAAAGUUUCCUAAGAAAACAACUCCACGUCCUCAUUUGACAGACCAGCGGAACCUCUGCAAACAACCAACAUGGCAGCAGUGAGCAGUCUUCUCCAUGAAGAUCAGUUUCUCUGCUCCAUCUGUCUCGAUGUGUUCACUGAUCCAGUCACCAUACCAUGUGGACACAACUUUUGCAAGACCUGCAUCACUGAGCACUGGAGUGUAAAUGUCCCAUGCCAGUGUCCCCUGUGCAAAGAGCUUCAUGAGAAAAAACCUGACCUGCGGGUCAACACAGUUUUAUCGGAGAUGGCUUCUCAGUUAAGACUGUCAGUUCAGAAGGAAACCAGCAGCAGCUCAGAGGAACAACCCGCCAACACAGGAGAAGUUCUCUGCGAUUAUUGCACUGAAACCAAACAGAAGGCCCUGAAGUCCUGCCUGGAUUGUCUGGUCUCCUACUGUGAGACUCACCUGGAGCCUCAUCAGAGAAUCCAAGCUCUGAAAAGACACAAGCUGGUCACUCCCGUGGAGAACCUUGAAAGCAGGAUCUGUAAGAAGCACGAGAGACCUCUGGAGCAGUUCUGCAAAACUGACCAGGUAUGUGUGUGUGGAUUCUGUAUUGAGUCAGAACACAAGAGUCAUCAAAUAGUUUCUCUCAGAGAAGAAUAUGAAGCAAAAAAAGCGGUGCUGGGUGAAACUGAAGCUGAGGUUCAGAAGAUGAUUAAGGAGAGACAAGUGAAGAUUGAGGAUUUCAAACAGUCUGUGAAGCUCAGCAAGGAGGUGUUCACUGCUUUGAUCCGGUCCGUUGAGGAAGGCCUGGCCCAGCUCAUUGACUUGAUCAAGGAGAAGCACAGCACAACAGAGAAACAGGCUGAAGAUUUCAUCAAAGUGCUGGAAGAGGAGAUCUCUGAGCUGACGAAGAGAAACACUGAGGUGCAGCAGUUCUCACGCAACAAAGACCCCCUCCAGUUCCUCCAAAAUUUCUCAUCUUUGAAAACUCCUCCACCCACCAAGGACUGGACAACGGUCAAAGUUUACUCAUCGUACGAGGGGACUGUGAGGACAGCUCUGACUCCGCUGGAGGAGACACUCAGCAGAGAGAUGAAGAUGCUUUGUGCUGAUGCUGAAUUAAAAAAGUACAAGCAGUACUCAGUGGAUGUGACCCUCGAUCCUGAAACAGCUCAUCCCAAACUGAUACUGUCUGAUGAUGGAAAGCAAGUUAGUCAUGGAGAUGCCGUUCAGAAUCUUUCGGAUAGCCCAAAGAGAUUUUUACAUAAUUUAUGUGUGGUAGGAAAGCAGAGUUUCUCUUCAGGAAGAUCUUACUAUGAGGUUCAAGUUGGAGGGAAGACUGAUUGGCUGAUGGGAGUGGCCAGAGAGUCUAUUAGCAGAAAAGUUUUUCUUAUUCUUCCUCAGAAAGGUCUCUGGACUGUUUUGCUGGAAGGAAAGGAGUUCAAAGCGUAUACUGACCGUCUAGUCCAUCUGUGUUUGAAGUCAAAGCCUCAGAAAGUUGGGGUGUUUGUGGAUUACGAGGAGGGUCUGGUCUCUUUUUAUGACGUAGAUGCUCCAGCUCUCAUCUACUCCUUCACUGGCUGUAACUUCACUGAGAAACUCUACCCAAUAUUCAAUCCCAAAAAUAAUAAUAGCGGUAGAAACUCCACCCCACUGAUCAUCUGUCCGGUCAAUAAGACCGAUUACAUGGCAGCAGUGAGCAGUCUUCUCCAUGAAGAUCAGUUUCUCUGCUCCAUCUGUCUCGAUGUGUUCACUGAUCCAGUCACCAUACCAUGUGGACACAACUUUUGCAAGACCUGCAUCACCGAGCACUGGAGUGUAAAUGUCCCAUGCCAGUGUCCCCUGUGCAACGAGCUUCAUGAGAAAAAACCUGACCUGCGGGUCAACACAGUUUUAUCGGAGAUGGCUUCUCAGUUAAGACUGUCAGUUCAGAAGGAAACCAGCAGCAGCUCAGAGGAACAACCUGCCAAUACAGGAGAAGUUCUCUGCGAUUAUUGCACUGAAACCAAACAGAAGGCCCUGAAGUCCUGCCUGGAUUGUCUGGUCUCCUACUGUGAGACUCACCUGGAGCCUCAUCAGAGAAUCCAAGCUCUGAAAAGACACAAGCUGAUCGAUCCCGUGGAGAACCUUGAAAGCAGGAUCUGUAAGAAGCACGAGAGACCUCUGGAGCAGUUCUGCAAAACUGACCAGGUAUGUGUGUGUGGAUUCUGUAUUGAGUCAGAACACAAGCGGCAUUACAUUGUUUCUCUCAUAGAAGAAUAUGAAGUAAAAACAGCAGAGCUGGGGAAAACAGAAGCUGAGGUUCAGAAGAUGAUCAAGGAGAGACAAGUGAAGAUUGAGGAUUUCAAACAGUCUGUGAAGCUCAGCAAGGAAGACGCCGACAGAGAGACAGCAACAAGUGUGCAGGUGUUCACUGCUUUGAUCCGGUCCGUUGAGGAAGGCCUGGCCCAGCUCAUUGACUUGAUCAAGGAGAAGCACAGCACAACAGAGAAACAGGCUGAAGAUUUCAUCAAAGUGCUGGAAGAGGAGAUCUCUGAGCUGACGAAGAGAAACACUGAGGUGGAGGAGCACUCACGCAACAAAGACCCCCUCCAGUUCCUCCAAAAUUUCUCAUCUUUGAAAACUCCUCCACCCACCAAGGACUGGAAAACGGUCAAAGUUUACUCAUCGUACGAGGGGACUGUGAGGACAGCUCUGACUCAGCUGGAGGAGACACUCAGCAGAGAGAUGAAGAUGCUUUGUGCUGAUGCUGAAUUAAAAAAGUACAAGCAGUACUCAAUGGAUGUGACCCUCGAUCCUGAAACAGCUCAUCCCAGACUGAUACUGUCUGAUGAUGGAAAGCAAGUUAGUCAUGGAGAUGCCAUUCAGUAUCCUACUGACAGCCCAAAGAGAAUAUUGUCAUACUAUGGGGUGUUAGGGAAGCAGAGUUUCUCUUCAGGAAGAUGUUACUAUGAGACUCAAGUUGAAGGGAAGUCCGAUUGGGUUUUGGGAGUGGCCAGUGAGUCUCUAAACAGGAAGACCGCCUUUGAAUUUGCCCCCAGGAAUGGCAUCUGGACUGUAUGCUUGAGAGAUGACUGUGAAUAUAAAGCUCUCGAUGACUCUCAUCAUCGUCUGUAUUUAAAUACAAAGCCUCAGAAAGUUGGGGUGUUUGUGAAUUACGAGGAGGGUCUGGUCUCUUUUUAUGACGUAGACGCUCCAGCUCCCAUCUACUCCUUUACUGACUGUAACUUCACUGAGAAACUCUACCCAAUAUUCAAUCCCAAAAACAAUAACUAUGGGACAAACUUUAUCCCACUGAUCAUCUGUCCGCUCAACAACACUGAUUAGACAUGUCACUGUGCUAUGACGUGAGUUCAAUCUGCCCACGACCCAGUGGGCAAAAGUAAUCCUAUUUCCAAAGCAAACGUUGUGGUCUGUCUCUGGAGCAUGCCAGAAGCCCUCAGAAGUUACUGUCAUGGGGUGCUGGAUAGCCUAGCGGUGAUGUCGAGCACUCUAGUUACAAAGGAUAUAGUCCUCAUUGAAGCGGCCUUGGGUUCAAUUUCCGACCUCGGCCCUUUGCUUCAUCUCAUCCCCCAUUCUCUCCUCCCAACAUUUCCUGACUCUCUUCAGCUGUCCUAUCUAAUGAAGGCAAAAAAGCCCCCCAAAUAACUCAAACAGAAGAUAUGUUCAUGUCUUUUACCUUAUUUUUUUUCCUUAUUUCACAGAUUCUUGUUGUUUAUUUUUAUUUUUCUUCUUUUUUCGUUUUUUCUUUCUUUUCAAUUUUUGUCUUUAAUGUAUUAAAGGUCACAUAUUCCCCUCCUCUUCAACCAGUGUAAAUUAGUCUCUGAGCUCCCUUAAACAUGUAUUUUGAAGUUUCUUAUUCUAAAUCCACUCUGAUCCUGUAUUUGAUCGUGCCUAUAAACCCCUCUAUUUCAGCCCUGCUCAGAACAGGCUGUUUCUGUGUCUGUACCUUUAAAUAUGUAAAGUAGCUGUGUUAGACCACGCCCCCUCUCUGGAAGGGCUUGGGUGUCUUGGGCUUUCUCACUCCAUGUCCUACUGUUUACGGUGAGAAGGCAGACUCAGAGGGCAGAACAAACACCUAGCUGUGGGAGUGUCACCCACCUGGGGGAGGGGCUACUGCCCUUUGUGAUGUCAUGAAGGGAAAAUCUCCAAACGGUCUGUUUGAGCACACAUUUUCUGAAAAGUGGAGCAGGCAGAAGACAGAGAGGAUGGACUUUUCUCAUCAUUGGGGGGGUU